AUGUUAUCUACCGGACGAUUACUUCCAAUGGGUGUUGAUGAGAUCUCCCAAACCGCCACAUGGACACAUUGUUUAGCUCACUGCCAUCUUCGAAGGGAAACCAUUGACUUUGCUCGCAGUCAAUUGAAAGGUCUCGAAGCUCAUUAUCAACGUGAACAGCAAAGCGCACACAUUCAAAACGUGCAACCCCAUCUCAAAGGAACAAAGUCAUGUGAAGUGUAUGGCGCAAGACCUCAACAAUUCAUCUAUCCUGGUUAUUUUACUAAACGACGACAUGAUGAAUUUCGACAACGACGGAACUCCAAAAGGAUGCAUCGAAUGAGAAAACAACGAGAGAAACGCGAAUCAAUAUGCGAGAACGCCAAAAAGACGGAGUUUGAAGUUCUUUCGGCCUUAAAAGUUUCACAAUUAAAGCGACAAAAGGAAGUAACGGAACGACAGGCAGCAUAUGUAUCGCAGGUCGUUCAAAAAGACGAUGAAGGGAUGAAAGCCGAAUUUGAAAUUGAAAUUCGAUCGUCUCAGGAUUCGGAAGAGAUGCGGUACUGGGCUCAAGAGCGUAAGGGUAUUGCACCUUUUUUGAUGGUAGUCUAUUUGAUGAGUUGUAGGCUACUCCGAGCACUUUUACCUUGA